AUGUCGAUUGAUUCGUAUUCUCUUACAUAUUUAUUAGUUAUUAUUCUAUCAUUAACUUUUCAAUCAUUAUCAUCUAUUCCAUUAAAAACACAACAAUCUGAAGAAAGUUUUAUUAAAAAUUAUGAAGAAUUUAUUCCUACAAAUGAAUGGCAAAUUGUAAAAGAAGGUCAAGCUAUACCACCUGGUCUUCAUAUUAGAUUGAAUUUACAAACUGGUCUUCGAGAAGCAAAAUUACUUGAAGAUACGAAACAAAAAAUUACGUCAAAUGAUAUUAUUCCAAUUUCAACGAAUGAUAAUGAAAAAGAAAAAAUUAGUAAAAAGAAUCUUGAACGAGCAUUUGCUAAUCUUGAUUUAAGUAAAGAUGAUAUUAUAACAGAUAAAAAACAUGAAGAAGAAAUUAAAACAAAAUUUCGUCCAUAUGAUAAAUUAAAAAAAGAUUUUCAAUCAAUGAACAUAAAAAUUCAAACUGAUCAUGAAAUUUUAACAAAUCUUAUUGAUCAAUUAAAUAAAACUGAGAAUGAAGAUACUCUUAAAACAAUUUUAACUGAUCUUGAAUUUUAUCUUCAUCAGUAUGAUAAUGCAAUACUUUUCUCUGAUAAGAAUGGUCUUGAAUUACUUAUUCAACUACUUAAUACAACAACUACAAAGAAUGAUGAUAUUUGUUAUUUAACAAGUAUUGCCUUAGGUGCAGCUUUUCAAGGAAAUCCUAAAGUUCAAUUACAAGGAUUAAAUCUUGGUUUUGUUCGACAUUUAUUGCAUUUAUUAAAUAUAGAAACAAAUAAUAAUAUUAAAUAUCGUUUUCUAUUUACAUUAUCAACACUAUUAAGAAAUUUUCCCCAAGCACAAAUAAAUUUUCUUGAACAUGGUGGAAUUGAAACAAUAAUUAAAAUCUUCGAACAAAAUAAUUCAAAUAAUAAAAUAAAAACCAGAACUAUGGAACUUAUGAAUGAUCUUAUUACAGAAAAAGAUCAAGCUACGGAUGAUAACCAACAUGCCUAUGAAAAUAUUCAUAUUCGUGAUGAAUUAGUUAAGCAUAAUUGGUGUUCAUAUAUGUCUCGCUAUUUAAUAUCAAUUGAUCUUAACGAUUUCAACCAGAUUGAAAAGAUAGCAAUGGCAAUGAUACCAUUAACAGAUGCGUGUCGAAAUGACUUUGUUUCAUUACUACCCAUUAUUGACAAACUUAAUGAUAUUUAUACAAAAACAAAUCUUAAUGAGUAUUCAACAUAUGCCGAUUUUUUAACUAAUAUACAAAAUCUUCGCAAAAAUUUAUUGCAAACAUUAUCAAUUGAUUUAUAG